CUUUGCACAGUGGUAGAAAUUAUCAUUUAACCAAGGCAGGCUUGUUAUUGAUGAAAUUAGGGUAUGAAAUUGGUGUGAUUGGUUUGAUUGAUACCUUAUUAAGUUUGAUGUCCUAAUGAGAAGUUAUCAUGGAAAAACUUAAUUCCAGUCUAUUGAAAUUGUACUAGUACAAUGCGGGAGGAUUUGAUUAAAAUUAGUUGUUAGUGUAUAGGCUAAUUUUACUAAUGAGUGAAGCAAUUCUCUUCAGUGCAUGCAUACUCUUUAAAAAUAUAGCAGUGAAUAUAAAGUAAGCUAUUCUGUUGUAAACACAUAACAUUUGCAUUAUUACGUAGGCUUAAAGUUGUUUACUUGAAGUUUUACAGUGUUAUGAUGUCGACCUUACAGUCACCUUUCAUAACAUGUUUAUCAAAGACAAGCAGGAUAUGAUCAGAAGCAGUAGAAUUCUCCUUGCUUCCAGUCAAUUUUGAUCAUUAUUGAGACAAGCUAACAAGUGGAUACUAAUGUCUUGGUAAGUGGAGAGCUCCAUUUGGUCACCAUAAGAAAAAAAUGUUGGGAAGAGUUAAGCGCAAACACGAAGAAGACACCGACCUCGAAUGCUACACACAUCAGCGUCAGUCCAUUUUGAAUAUCUCCAUGUGCAAGUUACGGACCUCCUCAUUGAGGAGAGUCGAGCCAUGUCUGCGGAGGUCGGUGCUUAUAUUUAAUACGUUGAAGUUUAUCGAGGAAGAACUGCGUCAGGAGGGGGUGAAGGUGUAUGAUGCAUCAAAACCAUCCAUUCUCCCCAGUAUUCAAUGUGAAGAAAUGGCACUGGAUCCAAUUCCUUGCCAAGACCAUAUGACACAUCUGGAGUUAUCUUCUAUAGGAAAUAAUGUUAAUAAGACUGAUAUUGAAGAACCAAAGACUCCUAAUGUUGCUGUCUCAGAUACAGCAGCCAUAGUUUCCACACCAUCAAGUGACAAUUCUUCCUCUGCAGCACCUUUAAUAUUAACAACAACAUCAGCUAUUGCUCUCUCUGUUCCUGUAACUGGGUCAACAGAUAUACUGGGGACUCAUGCUGUGACGCCGCAGAGAAACAUUGCAUCAACUAUUGAAAAUGGACUUGACAAACUUUUAACUGUUGAAUCGUUAUCGUCUCUCAAUCUGAACUCACUGUUUGAGGAUGAAAACAUCAUAGGUUCAAGUAUUCUCUCUUCUCUAUCAUCAUGUUGGACUAGUCCUAGCAAAGUUGAUGAUCCUCUAGGUGAUAUUGAUAUGGCAGGCUGUGACUUUGAUCUUCUAUCGCCUGCUUCGCCUAAUGUAAAACUCCCCGUGACCCCCAUCACGACGGAUGACCUGGCAAGGACAUUUUCUAAUAUGGACGUCUUGUUACCAAGUUCCUGCGGAGUGGACAGUUGCAGAAAUGACCUCUUAUGGAAUGAUGAACUGGAAAAUAUAAUGCAAGUAUUAGUGGGAAUGUAGGCUGCCACUCUGACUUAGAACUGCAAGACACAAUGUACUGCUAUAAAGCUGAUUCUGAAUUCUACAGUUUCUGUAUAAUGUAAAAGUAUUUUAUUAUAUUAUUUAUUGAUUAAGAUUAUGAUCAAGUGUUUUGGUGCUGAGGUACGAAGAAUUCCAAAUAUGUUGACCAUUUGCUGUUGUGGUGCAAAAGACGGAGAAAGAGAUCUCAGUAUUUAAUCUGUUGAUAUAAUAAUAAUAAUAAUAUUGAUGUCUGAAGUGGGAUUCCCAGAGGUGAUCUCAAUAAUUCCAGGUAUAGACUUGUAUCAUGUGUAUCCAUGGCAUCUCUCAUUUAGCUAUAACAUUUGGUCAUUUACACAGAGCUAAACUGGAACAUAUAACCUAGCCAGCUAAAAACUUAACUCAUUUGCUGAUAGUGUGAAAUUACAGAAAUUCCUACAGGUAUGAUGAUGUUGGUAUGCAGAGAGAUUAUUGUAUCAAUUAAAUAUAUAUGAAUGAGUUCACAGGUAUGCUGGUUUCUGUAUGAAUGAUUCAAGUCACUGUUUAUGCUGGUUUAUUUAGGGAAUACCCCCAUACUGUUCUCUAGCUGGUAUUUCUCUAGACUAGUACAUAACAGUGUUGUUUCAAUGUAUUCUGUUGAUACAGACACCUGGUUUGGCGGAUCUCUUUUUUCCAAAGUGGUCUCCUUCAUGCCAUGGACUUUAUAUAUGUUUAUGUUCACAUACAGUGGGGAAAAAGGAGUAAACCAGUGUUUAUAUUAAUUUAGUAAGAAUGCAGUUCAGCUCUGAUGGAAUGGGAACUUUUAGAGGAUAAGCAUGCAUAGAUCACUCUAAAAUUUUUGUAAAAUCCAUUAAAAAAGAGAGAAAGAUCAGGACCAACAAUUGAGUUUAAACAUGGUGCUUUCCUAAAGCUACUUUUAACAGCUUUCCAAAUGCUUUGAUUCAAGAAAAUAAAAACAAAAGGUGGGAGAAAUGGUAUAUACUUUCAAGUGAGACGAUUUUAAAGAUAUUCAUGCUGUUAUCACAUGAUCAGGUGAAGGUCAUAGUCAGCUUUGUUCCCAAUGAGAACAAGGUGUAAUAAAUCACUGGAGCGUGGGGAGGAAGGAACAGUGAACGUCUGCAUAAUGAAUAGGCAGGCAGGCAGGCAGGCAGGCCAGCUGACUGAAAUAGAGAGUGGAGGAAUAGUGUCAAAUAAUACUGUAAUACAAAUCAGCAACUUGAGAUUGUCAUUUAAGACUAUUGUCUCUACUUAGUGUUGUUUAAAGAAAAUGAUAUUUGUUAUUUUUAUACAAAAUGUCAUAUAAAAUAACUGUGGGUCUUAGGUUUUAUCUUUUUUAUAUCAAUCAUGGUGUUUUAAAGUUGAUCUGGUCGUACUCAUAUUAUUUAUUGUCAUUGAUGAAAACUAUUAAGAAGGCCAUCACCUCCAGAAAUUAAUCUGUUGAUAUUCUAUGCAACAGUUGCAACUGCAUCUUAUAUUUAUAUAUGAAGAUGUAGAUCUUAUUUAUGAAGAGGUCAAUAAUUUUGUACUUAACAUACACAGUGAUACAACUAGACGACUUCUACCACUGCAAGGUGAGGAACCAUUUAUUAAGUUAGGUGAAACCCAUUUUUCACUCUAGAGCAUAUAGGGUUAGUGUGCACUGAUGUUGCUGGCUUGGUAAUAAAUGGCAACACAUGACAGUUGUGUGAGGUGGUUGUAUGAGCCAAAGUUUUACUGAAAUUUACAAGAAACUUUUAUUUGAGCAAUGGAGUCAAAAAGUUUUGUCACUUAAGGAAACAAGUUUCGGCUGGUUUUUAAGUGACACAUCUCAAUUUCCUGCCGCAACUUGAGUCAAACUUAGUAGAAUGUGAAAUGAUUUCAGUGGUGUCUUAGUGGAACUGUGCAGUAUUUUAGAUUGUGAAAUAAUUUCAGUGGUGUCUCAGUGGAGCUGUGCAGUAGUGGCAUAUGUCAGGUGAAGCCCAGUUGUUACAUAACAGGUCAAGGCAGGUGCUUGUUCUCUAGCCCAGUACACAGUAUAUAUAGCCUCACACUACUGCUACAGGUUGCAGAUUACUAAUGACCAUCAGCUGUAGAGGUCAGGGCAACCAGAUGGAGAUGUAUGGAGGGCCUGUGGCAAAAUGCUCAAUAUCACUGGCUGUAGAAGACUAGUAUGCUAUUAAUUAACUCUGUUGCCUGCUUACUGAGAGAAUUUUUGCAGGGAUUUUCAACUCAUCUGUUAUGUUUACAUGUCCAUUUUCUAAUAUGAAAGAUGUCCUACAUUAUGUAACACAAAGAAGAAAGUGCUAUAGGUGUCAAGUCUCGAGAGCUGGUACUGCCUUACACCACCUGGAUGGGGUAAAGAUUCACAUAAAAAAGUCCUAUCUCAAAUUUCCAUCCUGAAAUGAAUCCACUUGCAUGAAAUGUUGAGACUGAAUUUUAUGGCAUUAAUUAUCUCCUGCCACCUUAUACUAGAGAGCUACAUGUUUCUGUUCAUGGUUGCCAGAAUGGACAGAUAUAGUGCUUCUCAUAUCAUACUAUUCACAAAUUAAAUUGAAAAACACCUUACAUCAGGAAAUGGUUGUUAAAUAUGGAGAUGGCUUGCCAAAUCAUAUGUAGUAGGCGACCCUGGAUGUCUUUAAAGCCUGUCUAACAUAUUCCUCUUGUGGUAGAAUAAAAAUAUGCAGAUAUACCUGCACAGCAGACAUCCAUCUCACAGUGAAGUACUCUGCCAACAUCACAUGAAACGUAGUUUAGAAGAUGUGAUUCCAGUAUUGGUGCAAUACAUGCUUGAUGUUGAGAACCCCCAGUAUGUGAUGGUUGAGAUUGAAUUUGAUGGUCUGAUAUCAUCCUUGUGACUGUUAUUGUGAUGUUUUUGAUGUUAUUUCUUACCAGAAUUUUUUUUGCCAGCCCACAUUUUACAAGAACCAAGGUAACUUGGCAGCAAAGUUGUGAUUCAAUUUCCCAGGCUUUUUAAGAUUACUGUGAGCCAUUCUAUUCUUCAUUUGUUAAACAUAUGUCAAGGUUCUGUUUUAGGACAGUAGUGUACUGUAAUUAGCUUUCUUGUGUGAUGGAAAGUAAUAUAUGUCCAUUCCUAUGAAACCACACCAAACAGACUUGAGCAGAGACACUUCCCUUCUAAUUAGGUUGAAAGAACUGAGCUGUGCAGACCAUGUUUGUACUUAUGAUAUUUAUGUUAUUUAUUUAAGUUUAUAUAAAUAUAUUUGAAUUAGUUGUACAUUUUUGUAUAUCAUAAGCUUCUUUUAGUUUUAGUAAUUUUGCCAUGUUUGAAGCAUGCUUAAUUAGUUGCUUCUCCAGUAUUUCACCAGUAUUCGUAAUAAAGACAAAAGAGGUGCAGAUACAUCACCAGAUUUCUGCAUAGAAAAGUUGAGUAGGCCUGUUGAUGGGGUAGCUUUAAGAGCAACAUAUGUUUUUAUCAGGUAUAAUAUUGAUAUUUUUUACUCAGAUUUCUAUAUCAACAUUUUGUAAAAAAGGUUAUCAAAGUUGAUAACUUUCUAAUUUUAAGUUUUUAUGAUGAAGUGUAGCUUUGAGACCUUUUUGGUUUUAAUAUCUUCAUUUUCUUAACUUUACUGAAGAAAGACAAAAUGACGUAAGGUAAGAAGUACAAGAUGUGUGACUCAUGAAAAUUAAAAUGGGUUUAGAGGAAUGUAUUUCCUUCCAUUGUUCUAGAAUUCAGUUCAAUGUUCCUAAUUAUUACCAAGUUGCUGCAUUCUUAGGUGCUGUGUACCUUCUAUGUAGUGCUUGCGUUGAUCUUUUAGUCUUUAAUAGCCAGUGAUGGCACACAUUUGAAAUUCAGACAAAUUUGGUGCCUGUACUCUGAACGUUCUUUCUGAAUUUCCAGUUGUUUGAAAAAGCUCUUUUCUUGUAAUUUCCCAGUUUUCUUUCUUGUCUUACAUAUGUGAAAAAGGUAUUGUCAAGUUAACUGUACUUGAGCACUGCUGCAAGCCUGUCUUCAGUGUUUAUUGUAAA